UGGAAGAGACGUCAGGUGGUUUGGUCAUUCAUUUUGUAAUCAGUUUUGGUUGCAGUAAAAGUCAUAACCUCGAAGGYUUGUAAUUAAAAACGUACAGAUUUCGAACCGUCAAGACUAACGCUGCGCUGAUCUGUUACACAUCAGCACAAGUCAGGUAAGCAAGAACGGACGCUUAAUACCGCAUCAAAGCAAGGCAAGAACAGCUAAUACUGYGAAAAGAGAAUACAUACGAAGGGCUUCAUAUUUCUCUACGUUGGGACAGUUGCAACUACGGCCUAUCCUAGUAGUGAGUGACUGGCUGGAGCGAUCAAGAUAAGAUUGGGAAGGAGAACUGUAAAUCAUACAAGACACCGCAGUCAAAGUGCCGGUGCAAGGACUUGGUGAACCAGUAACUGAAAAUCCCCAAAUCCAGAAAGGAUACCGAAACAGAAAGCGAUUUGGUCGAUGAGAUAACCAUUUGCCCAGCAGGGAAACAGUAAUAUUAAAGGCCGUUAAAGAGUGGCAUAAAAGAGAGGGGAAGCGUCAUCCCUAUCAUUUGCUGAUGAUCUGGGCCACACUGAAAGUGCCCGGGUUUUACAGAUCUCGUAAUAAACACUGAACAGGUUACCUUGGUAAGCAAUUUCAAUAUCGCAGAGAUGAAUCAGAGUGGCAAUGUUACGUCACCUCCUUUUGCCUUCAUAUUUAACGGCAGCAACAUCUCAGCAGCAAUACUCGUUGCCUUGCAAAUAAUACUAAACCUCGUUGGCAACAUUAUGGUGGUCGUGUGCUUCUACCAGUUUCAUCAUUUAAGGACCAAGUGUAACUAUUUCAUUAUCAGUCUAAGCUUGGCUGAUAUAUGUGUCGCUUUGUUUGCCAUGCCCUUUUGGCUUGUUCUACAGCUAACAGAAGACAUGGAAAGAGAUUACUUGCAUAUCAUCAGUCCUGCUGUCUACAGGUUCUGGAGCAGCAUGGAUAUCUUGGUUGGAACAGCAUCAAUUACGAACCUAGCUGCUGUCAGUUUUGAUAGACAGCUGGCUAUCACUUCACCAUUUCGUUACCAAAGUAUCUUGACUCACAACAGAGUGAUUGUGGUCAUUAUUGCAACGUGGAUUUACUCAAUCAUUAUCACCAGUGGUCGAGUCAUAGGGAACCAAGAGUUCCUGCGUGAGAAAUACAUUCCACUCGUCGUAACUUUCGGUUGCUUUCUUCCUUUGUUCUCCAUGAUCGUUAUGUACACAAGGAUCUACUUCGUUGCCCGUUCGCAAGCAGUUAGACUGGGGAACUACAGCAGAGAUAUAAAGGCUGCAAAAACAAUAGCUAUUGUCAUAGGAACCUUCCUUGUUUGUUGGCUGCCCUUUUUCCUGAUCACUUUGUCGGUUUAUCUUUUAUUGUGCUGCAGACCUCAUGUCUACAGACCAGAGCUUAUUCCAGCCUUAAGGGCUGUAAAGUGGAUGGCAUAUUUAAACAGUUGUUUGAAUCCAAUAAUAUAUACUUGUCUAAAUAGACCAUAUCGGAGAGCUUUUCAUCAGAUGUUUAAGAGCUGCUUCAGAGGAAAGAAUUAUGAUGGAAGUAAUAACCGAUCAUCAAAUUAUGUCAGUGAAUAUCAAAGACCAGUUGAACACAAUGGAGACCUAACUAAACUGACCAAGGAGCCAGACAAUUCUAGUGAAACAGUUGAAUAUAAGAAACAAAAUGCUAAGGUCACACUUAUGAAUGGAUCGAGCCAAGGCCACGGUGUAUGAGAAUCAUACUUAGAUCCAUAAGUAAAUGCAGAGGAAAAGCCAACGAGUUUUAUUCGAAGAUAAAAGGAAAAGAGAAAAACAAGCGCCCUUAAAUUCUAGAUUUUAAGAAGACAAACACAGGCUCCGGAGCAGAGUAUUUGGGGCGUAAUGUGCCAUAACAAGUUGCACAAAGUGACAGUACCAUCAAGACAUCUAUCUUACUGAUUCUAAAGGGGUAAUUGCAAAAAACUGCAAAAUAGUGCUAAAGAGGAAAUGUCAAAAUGUGUGAUGUUUUACGCGAUGUCAUUCGUUGACUACUUUUUGUGGGCCUCGAAAGAUCAUACUUAUAUCAUACUAAUAAAAUAAAAUGAUAACUAAUUAUGAUAUAUAUUGGAAAAGGAGGCACCAUGAUCACUCAGAUUAUGAUGAAAAAAAAGAAUCGCAAAGUGUACAUACCAUAUAAUAGACGCAAAUGUUCAUGCAGCAUUCAGCCUGCACAAAAUGUCGUUAUUACUGAUGAAGAUUAACCUAGUUUACGUGAGCGAUAACGAGACUAUGAACAGUGUUUAUGUGUAGCUCAAUAAAAGAUAGCAUAAAAGGAAAGGGUGCAGACUAGAUAGAUAAGCAGGAGAUAAAAAGGAUAAUGGAUGUUGUAAUGUUGCUCCCAUAUCAGUCUGCAGAAUCGCAAACAUUCAAACUAUAGUAAAUUCACUUUAUUUGGUGAAUAAACUUACAUAAGUAAUUUUCAUCUAGGCCUACAAUGUAUAUGUUGCUCCCAUACUGUCUGCAGAAUCGCCAUCAUUCAAACUAUAGUAAAUACACUUUAUUGGAUGAAUGAAAUUGCAUAAGUAAUUUUCAUCUAGGCCUACAGUAUCUAACUAAGAUCUAUGUUACGUUAAUUAAUGUUGAAUAAAAAGAUAAUGACGAUGAUGACAAA